GCCAGUGUGACCCAAUAGGAAGUCGCUAUCAGAGACACGUUGAACUUUUGCUUUAGUAGACAUGUCAGCCUCCACUGCAUAGAGACAACAGCUAAUAAAUAGUAUUGUUUCUUUGCGAGACAACUCCACAAUGGUCGUUGCUGACUCCGAAACCGCGACUAUUCUUCGUGUCAAAGGUCCGCUGGAGUUCAGGUGUCAGCUGGACAGCACAGAUGUGCUGCUGGUACAAAAGGUCAUCUCAAGAACGUUUGAGACCCUUCGCUGUCAGGUGAAAUCUGAAUCCUGUGUUCUAGCAGUCUGUGACAGUCCUGUUAUUAUAUGGCCAAACAAAGACACCUAUGCCACACCUGAAGAAAUAACUCCAAGUACAUUAUGUGAAGAUAUAUAUCAAUGGAUACGGGCAGAUGAACAAGAAAGUUCUGGCAAAAAAUCUACAAAAAAGAAAAGCAAAAGAAGUUUGACAAUGAGUGUCAUAAACCUUCGUCUGAUGGUGGAGGUGACAAAGCCAGGCCCCGUCUCAGCCCCGAUCCUCAUCAAAACAGUUCAGAAAUCCCACUUUGUGAGGGCGACUCUUCCAGUGGACUGUGUUGUCCGUACUGCCUCCAGUGAUACAAUCAAAGAUGCUUGUGAGCAGCUAAUGGAGGCACUAACACAUCAGUUAACUGAGAUGGAGAAAGUGACUCUUGAAAACAUGAAGGGAAUGACACUUCUUGUUCCCGAACCAGUCCACUUCCUCCUUCCAGAACCAAAAGGACUGGUGACUGUGGUUUAUCCAACAGGAGUGCCUGACAGUCAGCUAGUAACACUACGUAAGGAGCUGCAUCAGCAGUUUGAGCUACCAGAUGACAGGCCUUACUUCAGAAGAUCCAAUGCUUACCAUUUUCCCAAUGAGCCUUACAAAGACGGUUAUCUCCGAAACCCGCAUCUGGUUCUCACACAUCCAACCCUGGAUAAUGGAAAGGUGUACUUGGUCCAGGGGAUCUACAGUUAUCACCACUACAUGCAGGACCGUGUAGACGACAGUGGCUGGGGCUGUGCUUAUCGCUCCCUGCAGACCAUCUGCUCCUGGUUCCAGCAACAGGGUUACAUAGAGCGGUCUGUGCCCACUCACAAGGAGAUCCAGCAGGCUUUAGUGGAUGUCGGAGACAAGCAGGCAUCAUUUGUGGGGUCGCGUCAGUGGAUUGGAUCCAUUGAGGUUCAGGCUGUUCUGAACCAUUUGCUUGAGAUCACCUCCAAGAUCAUGUUUGUGAGUCAGGGAUCUGAGCUGGCAUCCAAAGGCAGAGAGCUGGCCAACCAUUUCCUUACUGAAGGAACUCCAGUCAUGAUCGGAGGGGGAGUUUUAGCUCACACUAUCCUGGGUGUGGCAUGGAGUGAGACCACAGGGCAGAUCCGCUACCUAAUCUUAGAUCCUCAUUACACAGGAGCAGAGGACUUGCAGGUUAUCACAGACAAGGGUUGGUGUGGCUGGAAAGGACCUGACUUUUGGGAUCAAACUGCGUAUUAUAAUCUGUGUCUGCCUCUGAGGCCGAAGGUCUUCUGAGCUCCCGCAUGACUUCCAGAUGGAUCUCAUUUCAGUGAAUCGUGUGCAGAAAUAUGAAGGAGCAAUAUAACCCGUUUUCUUUAUGAACAUGUGUCAACAUUUCCAAAUUGAUGAAAUCAGAUGUUUACUGUGUAUUCAGUGUUUGACACUGUUUAACAAAGGAUCAACUAAUUACAUUAAAUGUGCUUACUUUGUUUCAAAUAGAAAUACAUCACAUUA